AUGUUCUGGUGGCUUUCGUUUAUUCGACCGCCGCUGAGCGAUGCACAUGGUGGACAAUCAGUCGACGUGAUUAUCCAGAUUACAAAUGAUCUCCGGACCGAACUCUACCCUGAGCCUAUUGAUCUCUACGCCGUCUGGACCUCGCUCUCGUUCGAAACUGCGACCGAUCCUGCCAAAAUCACAACGUGGAGACCCGAAUAUCCGCAUAAACUCGUCUCUCUGCCCUGUCCGCGCGUUUCCAGCCCGCUAUCCACAUGGCUCUUGGGUCUCUUUGCCUGUCCAAUCGGCACUCCCCCCGUUCCUUCCAGAAUGUCUGUCAAUCUAACGGAUAGUCAAGCCAUGCGCCAGAUAAUCCCAGUCUAUUCAGCCCCAAUCUCCGUCUAUGCCUCUACCACUCCCAAGGCACCCGGCCGCAAACGGGGCCCCUCGGCAUCAACACGAAAACUCGACGAGAUUCAGCGAGUAUUCAAGUUGCCACCAUGGUUCUCCGGUGGCCCUGAACGUAUAAUGAGGUUCACGGAGAAGACGAGCUUCGAUCUUGACAAGAAACUUUGGGACUCUGGUCUAGCUACCGCCCUCUUUUUCAGCCGCCUGCGUGACCAAACGCAUGUCUAUCCAGCUCCAUUCAAGGACACGAUCCAGGAUAUCGUCGACAUGCUCUGGACGCGGCGCAAGGAAUGCAACGUCCUCGAACUCGGAACGGGAACGGGCAUCGUUUCAAUUGCGCUUUCGCUCCUUCUGUCGCAAAAAUCCUCGGAGAACGAGGACGACAGCGGGGCGACGGCCCACUCCGACCCUUUGCCAAUUCUCCGCAUCCACGCCACAGACCUCCCGUCGGCGCUUCCCCUCAUUGGACGCAACAUAGACGGAAAUUGUCAUCUGCGGGAAGAAUCGGAACAAGACUCUCCUCUCGUAGUGAUACCCACGGCAGGCGUGCUCGAUUGGGAAGACGAAACACUGCCCGAGGAUGUCGUUUCCAACCCCCCUGAUCUCAUCUUGAUGAGCGAUGUGACUUACAACACGUCUUCCUUCCCAGCACUUCUCAAGACGUUGAAUAACCUCCUCGACUUGUCUCCACACGCUCGUAUCAUGCUCGCCUACAAGGAGAGGCAUGAUUCAGAGCGCGUUGUUUGGCCCAUGUUCGAGGAGCAAGUAGGACUGCAGAUUCACAAAGUCGACAACGUCCCUGGAGCAGGCGGAGCGCCGGUCGAAAUCUGGUUAGGUCGUCGCCAUCGUAAACAAUGA